AUGACGCCUCUGGAUUGGUUGCUGCUCCAGCGUGGAAUCGCCGUGGUGACGAUAAAUGGAGAAGAUAUAGUUCUGGAUGUCUGUCCAAUCAUGGCUCUCUCGGGUAGGUGGGGGGUAUCUGGAACUUGGUGAUAGAUGAGCUUUGUUGGGAAAUUAAGCUAGUUUAUGGGCAUUUUCACCCCUAAAAACCUAAAAUAGGCAGCGAAUUUUUAUGUAUUAUAUCCUUGGUCAGCACGUUUUUUUCUGAUUCGUUUGAGAUAUUUCCCGUCAAAAAGUGAGAGCCCCCAUACAAGUACUCUCCUUUAGGAAAAAAAUUUUUGUUAACCAGUUGAGUAAACCGGCUUUUUCAGCGACCAAUCCGGCAGGUCUCUUCUGGCCAAACCAGCCCAUUUUUGAUGAUGGAGAAGGAGCAGCCGAGGAGCCAAACCAGCCCAUCGGUAGUGAAGGAGAAGGAGAGGGAGAGGUCGAGGACAGCCCUGAGGAUAUCGAAGCCCCAGCGGAAGAAAGAGAGGAGCCCGCUGGCGGCCAGGAGGAGCACGAGGAGAUUGUUGUUGAUGAAGCUGUUGGCCAAGGUGAAGAGCCAGAAGAAGCCACCGAUGGGGAAGAGGGGGCCCCGGCCGAGGGAUUGUCUGAAGAGAGAGUAGGAGAAGAACCCACCAUGGACUACGUAAAAUGUUAUAAUAGCUUUCCUUGA